GUGUGGUUUGGGAGGAGACUAUGAUUCUCUUACCCGACACCAUUCGCAUGGUUUUUCUAUCCGCGACCAUUCCGAAUGCCAAUGAGUUCGCCGAGUGGAUCUGCCGAAUCAAGCAUCAGUGUUGUCACUUGAUCUACACUGACUAUCGCCCAGUCCCUCUUCAGCACUACCUGUUUCCAACGGGCAGUGACCAAGUCCACCUGAUCGUCGAUGAAUUGGGCAAGUUCCGCGAGGAGGCGUACCAAAAGGCGAUUUUGAGUAUGCAGUCGGCGGCCGAGAAGCAGAUUACAGAUACCAGUAAGCAGCAUGCGCGCAGAAAGCAGGACCAAGGAACGACAACGGAUCUGGAGAAGGUCAUUGGAAUGUGCAUGACGAAGAACUACCUCCCUUGCAUCGUUUUCUCCUUCGCGAAGAAACAAGUCGAAAAACAUGCUACGGCGUUGAACAAAACCCUAGAUUUGACCACUAGAGACGAAAAACUGCUCAUCAAAGAAGUCUUCCAGAAUGCCGUCUCUACUUUGCCUGCAGAGGACCAGCACUUGCCAGCGAUCGAGGAACUCUUCAACCUGGUACUCAGGGGUAUCGGCAUUCACCACGGCGGUUUGCUCCCGGUGAUGAAGGAAGUCGUGGAGAUCUUGUUCCAGGAGAACUUGUGCAAAGUGCUGUUUGCAACAGAAACGUUUGCGAUGGGCGUAAACAUGCCUGCGAAGACCGUGGUGUUUGCCGCCGUGCGCAAAUGGGAUGGUGUGGAGUCGCGAGUCCUCAACACAGCGGAGUACAUCCAGAUGGCGGGACGCGCCGGACGUCGAGGCAAGGACAAACAGGGUUUAUGCAUCGUUUUGGUAGACGAAAAGAUCGAACCGGAGACAGCCAAAACCAUGUUUUUGGGGAACACGACAAAACUGAAAUCGGCUUUUUAUCUCAGCUACAACAUGCUGUUGAACCUGUUGCGCAUUGAGGGCGGCUCGGCAGAAUAUAUGAUCGAGCGUAGCUUUCGCCAGUUUCAGACGGACAAGACGACUCUGGCGAGAAAGGAACGGCUGGAGAGCAUAUUGCGGCAGUUGGAAGUGGAUCUGUUGUCAUAUUUAGACCGAGAGGAGGUUGUUAAAGAGUACAUGGACAUGGAGAAAACAUCAAAAUUGCUCGAAAAUGCAUCUUCUAGCGCUCCCGUACACCCUGAAGGUGCUGCUUCUGCUACAUCAGUUAAAGACCAGCAAACUACGGAAGCUCCAGCGAAAGAGGAAGCACUCAACACUGCCUCAGCAGCAUCAAAGAAGUCAUCCAAAAAGAAGAAGAACAAGCAGCAAAGCAGUACUAAGCUACAACGGACUGCUUCUAUUGUUCCAGCCACCAGUUGUUCAUCGUCAGAUGCACCUGCUUUGCGACCUCCUCCUACUUUUCAGUGUCCUUCUGGUAUUGACGACGUUGUUGCCCUGUUGCAGCUCUAUUUUGGGCUACGCGCUUCCAUCAACGACAACGAGGAGGAAAUCCGCAGACUGAAAAUGCAACCUGAGAAGAUUGCGCCAUUCCUGAACGCAGGAAGGGUAGUUUAUGUCGACGGCUACGGGUGGGGCUUCGUCUUUUCCUUUGCGAAGAAAAUCAAUAGUAGAGACAAGAGGCAAGCGGUUUCUGUCAGCGAUGACGACUUCUGGCAAGAUUGGCUGUUGAACGUGUUUGUGCCGACAAAGUCAACGACUUCAACGAAAGCUCCACCAAGUGCAACUUCAUCCACUCCUGCAGGAGAGAAGGAGAACAAGAGCAGCCUACCGGAGAAAGAGGAUGUUGCUAAAAUCAAUGGUCAUGUUGAGCGAGAAGUUGUCGCUGAUAUUGUUGCUGUCGAACUCUCCACGUUGCGACGUGUGUCUCAAGUCCGAGCCCAACAAAUCGAGAAGCGUACUGCUGAAGAGGUAAGGAGAUUACGGGAGCCUUUACUGGCUUCUUUGGAUCUGAUUGUUUCGCAGUUCGAAGCGAAAGGAGGCGUCCCGGAACUGCAAGACUAUGGUCUAGAAACGGCUGAUGUGGAAAAAAUCGCUUUACUGCAGUCCGAAGUGCAGACUGCAAAGGCACAACGCGAAAAAAUCGAGGAGGAGAAGCUCUCACAGCUCCACCCUAUCCACAAAGCCAUUUUGCUCGAGAAGUACGAGGAACGGCUGAAACUAAUGGAGGAAAAGCGAACAUUAGAAGCACAGCUGAUGAGAGGGACUUAUGAGGGAGGAAGUUCAGGGUCUUCAUCUGGUACUAGUAGUAAUGGGGAUCAUGCUCCUGGUGCAGCAACAGCAAGAGUAGAAGAUGCUCAAACUACUAGAAAUGGAGAUGACGAAGACGAGAAGAAAAAUCAGGAGCAAGCUGUUGAAGGAGCCUCGACAUCAAGUUCAAGCAGUACUGCGAUAGUACCCGUUUCUUCUAGUAGUGCCUCUUCUGCAAAGAAGGACUCAACUACGCCUGCAGGCGACAUCCAUAUCAGUGAGGAAUUACAUGCGAUGAUGCGUGUUUUACGAGCCCUCGACUUCGUUGACAACAGACACAUGAUUCAGUUGAAGGGAAAGCUGGCGUGCGAACUCAGCUCAGCAGACGAGAUCCUUUUGACCGAGCUGGUUUUCCGGAAUCAGUUUGAGAACUUGUCGCCAGAACACAUUGUCGCAUUACUUUCGUGCUUGAUUUUUGAUGAGGGCGGCGCUACAGGAAAUGCCGGGGGAGCUAAAGGAGGCGGUAAAGGUAAAGGAGGUGGUAAGAAGGGUGGCGGUAAAAAAGGCAGUAAAGGAUCUUCUUCCAACUCCAGUUCUAAUGGAGCCAUUGUUCCAACAGGAGGUAAAGGUUCUUCAGGCGGCGCAGCUCCAGUUUCCAAAUUCCCCGCUCUCGCCCAACAGUUCGAGGCGAUGAAGGCUGUUGCUCUAGACUGUGGGAGAAUAAUGGAAGCUGCAAAGCUGCCCAAUUUCGACCUGGAAAAAUACGUCGAAGCCGCCUUAAGACCACAAUUGAUGGAUUUGUGUGUCUUUUGGAUGGAGGGGUAUAAGUUUCAAGAUUUGAUGAACGUCACGGACAUCUACGAAGGCAGCGUCAUUCGGGUAAUCCGCAGACUGGAAGAAAUGCUCAGGGAACUGGCAGAUGCUCUGCGUACGAUAGGGAAUACAGCAUUGCAGCAAAAGUUGCACGAAGGAAGAGCAAAGUUGAAAAGGGGGAUCAUAUUUGCGGCGUCGCUAUAUUUGUAAAACAUGAAUUGUGAACGAAGAUCACGAUGUUUCAGAGUUGUAUCAUGAUGAACUCGUCUUCCCUUUGUUUUUAGAAAAUCUUUGCAUGAGAUUGCCAACCAACUCGUACUUAUUAUUGACCUAUAUCAACUACAAUGACGACAAAUCACGUCCAAGUCGACAAGAAAAAAC